ACCCCCACAUUUUUGCACUUUUGAGCAAAUUUGCCAAAUUUAGUGUUUGAUCAGUAGAUUAUAUUAGGUGGAAAAAUUAAUGGCAGGCGGAGUAUACGGAAGGAGGCGGGAGAGAGAGAGCGAAACAGUUCUAUUUCUCUUUUUUCGUUAAUUUCGCGGUGGAGGAUGUAGGAAAUCCAGUGCUUUCCUGCAUAGAACUUUGGGGAUUUCCAGCCUCUGGUCUGCAAGGCGAAGAUCCGAGGCUGGUCCCGGAAUCUGAAAGACGUCGAUAAUUUUCUUCUAUCUCGGUGAUGAGAUUUUGAAUUUAUUAUUUUUGUUUUGACUUUGAGGAAAAGGAAGAGGCUUGCCAAGCAGAGUUUGAAGGAUCAGAAAGGUUUGUAGAUUGUAGGAUUUUAGAGGUUUUAAAAGAUGGGUGUUAUGUCGAGGAAAGUUUUGCCAGUCUGUGGCAGUCUCUGUUUCUUCUGCCCGGCAAUGCGAGCGAGGUCUCGGCAGCCUGUGAAGAGGUACAAGAAGCUGAUAUCAGAUAUUUUUCCUCGUUCUCAGGAUGAAGAACCAAAUGAUCGAAAGAUUGGAAAACUGUGUGAAUAUGCUGCCAAAAAUCCUAUGCGUAUCCCGAAGAUCACAACUUGUCUUGAGCAAAGAUGUUACAAAGAAUUGCGAAAUGAGCAGUUUCGGCUUGCAAAAGUUGUCAUGUCUAUUUACAGGAAAUUACUAAUUUCUUGUAAGGAGCAAAUGCCGCUGUUUGCAAGUAGCUUACUAAGCAUCAUACAGACUUUGCUUGAUCAAACACGGCAGGAUGAAAUGCGCAUUAUAGGAUGCCAGACACUGUAUGACUUUGUAAAUAAUCAGAAAGAUGGUACUUACAUGUUCAACUUAGAAGGCUUGAUUCCGAAACUGUGUCAAGUGGCGCAAAAAAUGGGGGAGGAUGAGCAGGCACAUCAGCUUCGUUCAGCUGGGCUUCAAGCCCUUUCCUCGAUGGUUUGGUUCAUGGGUGAAUACUCUCAUAUUACAUCUGAAUUUGAUAAUGUUGUUUCAGUUGUGUUGGAAAAUUAUGGUGGUCCUAAGAAAAACUCUGAGGAUCUCAACGAAAAGGAAGGAGGCCAAAAUCGUUGGGUGCAAGAAGUGCUCAAGGUAGAGGGUCAUGUUCCUCCUCGGACAGAUGCCACGACGAGAGUUACUUCUUGGAGGAGGUUUUUGAAUGACAAAGGCGAAAUAAAUUUGAGCGUGGAAGAUGCCAAGAACCCCCAGAUAUGGUCUAGAGUUUGCCUUCAUCACAUGGCCAAGCUAGCCAAGGAGGCUACAACCAUGCGGCGUGUCUUGGAAUCCUUGUUUCGCUAUUUUGAUAAUGGCAACCUGUGGUCUCCUGAUGAUGGGCUUGCUCUUAAUGUCUUAUUGGAUAUGCAGCAGUUAGCGGAAAGCUCUGGCCAGAGCACACACUUAUUGUUAUCUAUCUUAAUAAAGCACCUUGAUCACAAGAAUGUCAUUAAAGAAACUGACAUGCAGCUAAACAUUGUAAAGGUUACUACCAUCCUUGCUCAGCACACAGCUGUUCAGUCUUCUGUACCUAUAAUUAGUUCUGUAAGUGAUCUCAUAAGGCAGUUGCGGCGAAGCAUACAUGGCUCACUUGAUAAUUCAAAUGUGGGAGCAGAAAUUACUAAUUGGAACAGAGUUUUUCAGGCAGCAGUAGAUGAGUGUCUUGUGCAAGUAAUAAACAAGGUUGGGGAUGCAGGCUCUGUUCUUGACAUGAUGGCUGUGAUGUUGGAGAACAUCUCAACAAUUACGCUUAUUGCAAGAACUACAAUUUCUGCUGUCUAUCGUACUGCCCAAAUAGUAGCAUCCAUACCAAAUUUAUCGUAUCAAAACAAGGCUUUCCCUGAGGCAUUAUUUCAUCACCUGCUCCUAGCUAUGGUCUAUCCAGAUCGAGAAACACGGGUUGGAGCCCACCGCAUCUUUUCUGUUGUUCUCAUUCCAUCUUCCGUUUGCCCUCGUCCUAUCUCUGCUGCUUCUGACGCUUCUAAACCCAACGAUUUCCAGAGGACGCUCUCAAGAACUGUCUCUGUCUUUUCUUCUUCAGCUGCUCUUUUUGAGAAGCUAAAGAGGGAGAGAAAUUCCUUACGAGGAAGUGUUAGUUUAGAUGCUAUAGACAAAGUUGUUGACUAUGAGCAACAAAGAAUCAACAAUGAUAUGAUGCUGCACAGAUUGAAGCCAUCCUACAGUCGAGUUUAUAGUGUGAAAGGUGCCGUGGCACCAUUAACUACAGAGGAAAAAGCCAAUAGCAAUUCAAAUAAGGAACUGGACCCAACUUACCUUCGAUUGAGCAGUCGCCAGAUUAUUCUUCUGUUUUCAUCACUUUGGGCACAGGCAAUCUCUCCGGAAAACACACCUGAGAACUAUGAAGCAAUUGCUCAUACUUACUGUCUGGUAUUGUUGUUUUCUCGAACAAAGAAUUCUAGUCAUGAGGCUUUAAUUAGAAGUUUCCAGCUUGCGUUUUCCUUAAGGAGCAUCUCUCUUGGAGGAGGAGGUCGACUACCACCAUCACGUCGCAGAUCCCUCUUUACCUUGGCGACAUCUAUGAUCAUCUUUUCAGCAAAUGCAUACAAUAUCCCUUCUCUUGUUCCUUUUGUUAAGGCAUCCCUUACAGAUAUAACAGUUGAUUCGUUCCUAAAUUUGGUUGAAGAUUCAAAACUACAGGCUGUUAAUACUGGUUCUGACCAUCUAUUCAAAGCUUAUGGAUCGAAAGAUGAUGAUAAUGCCGCUUUGAAGUCUCUUUCAGCAAUAGAAAUAACUGAUGACCAAUCUAAAGAAUCAUUGGCUUCAAUUAUUGUGCAGAGUUUGGAACAGUUGUCUGAGGAGUCCUCAACUAUAAGAGAGCAGUUGCUCAAUGAAUUUUUUCCUGAUGAAAUGUGCCCAUUGGGAUCUCAGCUGUUGGACACAGCACAGGAGGUCCCACAAUUCAGUUCAGAAGACAACAAAUCACUUGAUGAGGUUAGACCUCCAAUUUUGACAAUAGAUGAUGACACUCUUCCCGAAGCAUUUGAGGGUCAGACCGAUACAAAUUUGCACUUGGGCUUGCAAACAUCAAAUCUCUUGAGUGUUGAUCAACUUCUAGAAUCGGUUUUGGAGACAACCUCUCAAGUUGGAAGAUACUCGGUCUCGACAACACCUGAUGUACCAUAUAAGGAAAUGGCUAACCAUUGCGAGGCCCUUCUGCUAGGAAAGAGGCAAAAGAUGUCCACUUUCAUGAUUGCUCAACAAAAACAGGAAAAUUUAACGAGUUUCUGUUUUCGGGAAAAUAACGAGGCAAAGAAGGUGCCAUCUUAUUCACAGAGUGGCAAUCCUUUCCUUGACCAGAACAUUAAUGCUAAUCUUCCCAAGCCAGUGGUUGGAACUGGUCCAAUGUUGUGCGCAACGGAGUUCCAGCAGUAUCCCAACUGCUAUAGGCUGCCAACUUCAAGUCCAUAUGACAACUUUCUAAAGGCUGCUGGCUGUUGAUACAGAUAACUAGAAAAUGCUUCAUUUCUUAGGCUAGGCAAUGAACUAUUAGCAUUCAGACUGCCUGCUUAAUGCCGGAAGAAAAUCUUGUGAGAAUCAAUGUAGCAGUGCUCAUGGGCUUCAAGAACCAGCUUUUCUCUACGGACUGCUUUGCUACCAACUAUCAUCAUGGAGAAACAGAGUAUUGUGGUUAACAUCACAGAGACUUUUCUUUGAUAACCCUUCAUUCUUUUAUUCUUUUUUUUUUUUUUCCCAUUUUGUAAUUCAUAUAUCCAUUCUGGGGGCAUGUUUCUGGUUGCUUCCUCCCAGAUGGUUUGGGUAAAUGUUCUCUGUCAUCGGAUGUAUAAUCAUUUAUUUAUUAUUACUGUUGCUCUUGCCAAGAUUGUGAUGGGUGCGUUUGUGAACUUGAGCUUUCUCAUAUAUAAUAUUUUGGGGAGAUGAGACCCUUUAAGUGAUCCUCAAUUGUCCAA